AGGUAUAUUAUAAACGGAAACGGGUGUGACCUGACACAAGACCAUUUAAAAGAUCCGCGGACAAACUUAGAUCAUUAAAGACGUUCAUAUAAAGGUAAGAAAUGGAAAGAAGUACAGUUUGUUUGUUGUGUGUCGUCAAUCUGAUGUAUGUAUGUAUUGGAGCUGCUAUCUUCAUGACAUUAGAAUCAGAAAACGAAAAGACGACAUCAUCAGACAUACUUUCCACAGUCAAUGCAUUUCUUGCUAAUCAUACCGACUGUUUAAGUAACAAGGAGUUACAGACAUUUCUCCAUAAAGUGCUAUCAGCGUAUCAGAAUGGAGUUUUCACGACAAACGAGACAAAAAGUGCAACACAGUGGGAUUAUCCCAGUUCUUGGUUUUUUGCCAUGACCGUUACAACUACUAUAGGCUAUGGGAACCAGUCUCCCGUAACAGGAGGAGGAAGAACGUUCUGUGUAUUUUACGCAUUGUUGGGGAUUCCCCUCACAGGAAUAAUGUUACUCGGUCUUGGAGAAAAACUGAAAUUCAUAGUGUAUUCUAUACAGAAUAGGAAAUGUACAAAAUAUGAGAAAACAGAAAGUUUGGUAAAACAUAUAGUGCUCAAUGUAUUUAUAGUUGGACUGUUAACCUUUUUACCGGCACUGGUCUUCCAUCAUACAGAAGACUGGACUUACUGGGAAUCUUUAUACUAUUGUUUUAUUACAUUGUUUACCAUUGGCUUUGGUGAUUUUGUAGCAGCUUCAAAUGCAGAACAAAAUUACAAAGCUUUAUACAAGGUUUUAGUAAACAUUUGGAUUUACAUCGGUUUGGCGUGGUUCACCACAAUAAUUAGUUACAUUAGUGACAAAUAUACUGAAUCUAUAGAGAAAAGAGAAGAAAAAUAUAAGAUUUCCAAUGCUUUACCAAUAGCGGAAAAGUCAUUGAAAACUGGUAUCAAAUAGGCCGGAGUGUGAGAAUCAACUGUGAUGGCAUUGUAGACUAUCAAUUUGUAGUUACGGCUUAGCUCAAAACAAAUGAAGACCUGAUUUGGACAUAGAAGACAAAAAUACGGAUCAUAUUAUUAAAAAAACACAUAUUCAAAUUUAAGGAAGCUACCAUUUAUCUUCAAGGAGAAGGGAGUAAUGUUUUUUUUUGUCUGAGUCAGAUUUCUUUUACCACUAAAGUAUGGGGAAAAUCUGGAUUCAGAAUAUUUUGUUUGUCAACUGCUAGACCAAAAUUAUUUCAAAUCCUCAAUCAAAUUGUGGAUUAGAUUUUUUUUUUAGGAAAAAUAAACAACAUACCCAGCCUUUGAGGUUAAAUGGUCGUUCCCUUUAAAUGCAACUAACAGUUCAAGCAGUCUUUCCUCAAUUAUGAAUACUCUUUGUUCAGGAAAAUUGAAUAUCUUGAAUGGUGCAGUCCGUUAGUUAACGUGUGUAUCAGGUGAACGAACGUUAUGUAAAAACGUUAGAUGGACUAAUGGGUUAUUGUUGGACAUAUGAAAUUCAAAUUAAACUAUAGAUAACAUCAAUAAUUUUUAACUUAAUUGACCGUGUGAAAUAAAGAGAUGUGAUAUGAAUGCUAAUGAGAAAACUUUCCACUAGCUACCCCAACAAAAUGAUCAAACACUUUUCUAUUGAGACUUUAAUUCUUCUCAAAACUAGUUUGUAGAUCAUAUCUUAUGUCCAAGUAACCUGUUUCUUAAACCACCGGCAUUAAAACUUUUAA